UAUUUAAUUUUAUAUUUUUUCAUUGAAAAAAUAUAAUUUUCGCGUUGUUUGCUGCUGCUUCUGCUGCCUGUCGGUGUGAAUCACAAUAAUUUCGUUCGACAGCAGCAGCAACAACUACAACAGAACAGAACUUUAAUUUACUGUGUAACACGAUUAUUGGCCAUUUGUAUGGUUCAGUUUCUGUCUGUCUAUCCAUCCAUCCAUCCGUCUAUCUAGAAUAAAUAUCUAGAAAACGCGUCCGUCUGUCUGUCGUCUACCUUUUUUUUUUGUUAAAAUAAAAUCGGCAUAAACAACAUUAAAUAAAUAUUAAUAACAAUAAAAAAAUUGAAAUAGUAAAUAAAAGCUUAAAAAUAAAACAACAAAAUAAAUCUGUAUUUAAUGAUAUUUUUCAACAACAACAACAGUGCGAUUUUUUAUAUUUGCGGUUAAAUAUCUGUGUGAGUGUGUAUUUGUGCCGGUGUCUCCGUCUCCGAAAUCUAUUAGAGUAUUAAAUAAUGAUCAUUUGUGUGUUGAAAAAAUCAAAUAAAUAAAUAAAUAAAUGUAUGAAAAUGUUUAAGCAAAAAAUAAAUAAUAAAUAAAAAAAUUAUUGUGUAUAUUGUGUACAUGGCGCCACAUUCAGACCCCUUUGAAAUUAAGUUGUGUGAUCUUAAAAAUAUAAAAUGUGUUUUAUUCUCUCUCUUAAAUCACUUGUAAAUUAAAUUUUAUGUUUUCAUAAAUAUUUUAUGACAAUUAUUGAAAUUUUUAUUAAAAUUUAUCAUUUUUGUUGGCCGUUUUGAAAUUUUAUAAAUAAUUUGAUCUAGCCCACUACAUCUCACAUUCAAAAUAUUUCUACAAACACUUACACUCUGAAACUUUUCAACGAAAAUGUUCAUCAAAUUGCAAUGUUAAAAAUAAUGUAUAAAAUUAAUAAACUAAUUGAUAAUGGAUAAUAAAUAAUUAUUAAGAAAAUAAAACAAAAAUUUCCACUUUUAAUGUUAAAACAAAUUAAAUUAAACUACAACAAUUAAAGAAAAGUGAAACAAAAAAAAAAAAAAACUCAAUAAAUUAUAAAAAUGGAACCUCAAUUACAAAUUAUUUUAUGCCUAAUACUGUCAACGUGGCAUGUUUAUGGUGAUGAACAAUUAUAUGGCCUGCAUUCGGACGAACUGAUAUCUGGUGAACUUGUCAUACCAAAAAAAGUAACAGCAACUGGUGAGUUUCUAACGCACAAUUUAACGCAUCAUCAUGGCGAACACUAUCGUCACCAACGAAGGCGUAGAAGCUUUAAUAUCAAUGAUGAAAAUGAUGCUGCAGCCCAGCAGGCAUCAUCCUCAGAACCUGAAGUUCACUACCAGUUGCAAAUACAAAAUGAAACUUUGCAUUUGGAAUUAGAACCCAAUUCAUAUUUCAUGACGCCCCAUUUGGUUGUGGAACGACACAAAAGAGAUGUACGCACACGCAAACGACCACAGAAAAACACCAAUUGUCAUUAUCAUGGCAAAGUCAGAGGACAAGAGCAAGACUCAAGGGUAGCAAUAUCAACGUGUCGUGGUUUGGUCGGUCACAUAAAAACUAAAAAUAAUGAAUACUACAUUGAGCCAUCAAAACAUCAUGCAGCCCACAACAUCAACGGACAUCCGCAUGUUGUAUUUCAAAGAUCGUCUGUUAAGGAAAAGUCAACGAAUCACAACACAAAUAACAAGAAUAAGAAACCACAUAAACGCAAGCAGGAGCAACAUAAAUUGCAGCAAAACGAUGGAAAGAAGCCAAAGAAGACUUUAAGUAAUUGUGGUACUAAAGAACCCAAAAGACGCAUUGAAGCUCGUUUAGUUGAAUGGCAACCACAAGGAAAGGUAAAAAUUCAAGGUGGCAGAAAAAUACGUAGACUACGUCAUCAGCAUCAACAUCAGCAUCAGAAAUCUCAAUAUAAAUAUCAAACUACAACAACGACGGAUGUUAAACACCAAAAAUAUCAUCAUCAGCAGCAACAACACAAGAAACAUGAAUACAGCCACAUGCAAAACCAAGACAUCUUAUCAUCACCAUCAUCAGCAUUGUCGUCGUCGUCAGCCUCAUCUGAACAAACAACAAUUGCUUUUGCACCACAACCACAAAAACAGAAACAACAUAAGCAGCAACAUCAGCAUCAUCUAAAGCCAGAGUUUCAUCUACAGCAACAAACGCCACCAACACCACCACCACCAUCAUCAUCAGCAUCCCAUGCAACCAGCCAUCAACGUAAGAAACGUUCAAUUAGCAGCCCACGUCAUGUGGAAACUCUAAUCGUUGCCGAUUCCACAAUGGUUGGAUUUCAUGAUGAAAUCGAGACUUAUCUUCUGACCAUAAUGAAUAUGGUAUCCUCUCUCUACAAGGAUCCCAGCAUUGGCAAUGCCAUCGAAAUAGUCGUAGUUAGAAUCAUACUACUCCACGAUAAUGAAGCUCAUCCCGAUUUGAAUCUUACACAAAAUGCCCAACAGAAUUUGGAUACAUUUUGUAGUUGGCAACACAAACUGAAUACCGCAAAUGAAUUAGAUCCUCAGCAUCAUGAUGUGGCUGUUCUGAUAACACGUAAAAAUAUUUGUGGAAAUAAUUGUAUGACUCUGGGAUUGGCCAAUGUUGGAGGGAUGUGUAAACCGAAACAAUCGUGCAGUGUUAAUGAAGACAAUGGCAUUAUGUUGUCACAUACAAUAGCACAUGAAUUGGGACACAAUUUUGGCAUGUUUCACGAUACCGCAAAAAUUGGUUGUCAUCCACGAGUGGGCUCUAUAGUGCAUAUAAUGACGCCCACAUUUGGAGCGGAUACACUACAAGUUUGUUGGUCUAAUUGUAGUCGAAAAUUUAUUACACAUUUUCUAGACCAAGGUCUGGGUGAGUGUUUAGAUGAUAAACCCGACGAUAAGAUUGAAUAUGCCUAUCCCGAAGAACAACCCGGCCAUAGAUACAGUGCUGAGGUGCAAUGUCGUCUGCAGUAUAAUGUUACGGAUAGUGAAGUGCGUGCCUGUUCGUCCAUGAAUGAAAUCUGUUCGACAUUGUGGUGUCGUGUUAAUGGUGAAUGUAUUACCAAUAUGAGACCCACAGCUCCUGGGACACCGUGUGGAAGUCGUAAGUGGUGUCAAAAUGGUCAAUGUGUGCCUCAGGAAUCAUUGGAGAAAAUUGAUGGCGGCUGGGGUGAUUGGUCCGAGUGGAGUGAAUGCUCACGUUCUUGUGGGGGCGGUGUAUCGAUUCAGCAAAGGGAAUGUGAUAAUCCCCUGCCCGCUAAUGGUGGUUCAUUUUGUAUUGGCGAAAGGAAAAGGUAUCAAAUUUGCAAUCCUCAUGCCUGCCCUAAGGAUGAACCCAGUUUCCGUGCUAAGCAAUGUGAAAAGUACAAUAAUAGAGCUUAUCAGGGAGAAUUCUACAAAUGGUUGCCAUAUUUCGAUAAACAAAAUCCUUGCAAACUCUAUUGUACCGAUGACGAUGAUACAAUUAUUGCCAACUGGGGUGAUGUGGUUUUGGAUGGCACACCCUGUACUUUGGGUACCAACAACAUGUGUAUCGAUGGCAUUUGUAGGAAAGUUGGUUGCGAUUGGAUUGUUGAUUCGGAAAUGCAAGACGAUCGUUGUGGCAUUUGUGGCGGUCAAGGUGACCAAUGUAAACCAGUGAAGGCCACUUUCAACGAAACUCUCAAAGUGAAUGAAGGUUAUGUGGAAAUUGUAGUGCUGCCAGCUAAAGCUCGACACAUUGUCAUAAAAGAAUUGGGAAAUUCGCCUCAUUUUUUGGGUGUAGCGCGAGCGAAUAGCAGUCUAUUCUAUUUGAAUGGUGACAGUUUAAUAUCAAUGCCGGGUGAAUUUUUAAUAGCGGGAGCGGAAAGUUUUUAUGAUCGUAUAGAUGAUCAGGAGAUCAUCAAGAUUCCACAGCCCAUACAACAUUCCAUAGCUAUAUAUAUUAUUGUUAGAGGUGAUGAGCCUAAUGAAGGUAUUUAUUAUGAAUUCACCUUGCCUGCUUUAAAUGUCAGUUCGUCCAAACACUUUUUUUGGAAAUUAAGUGAUUGGUCCUCUUGUUCGGUAAGCUGUGGCGGUGGCCUGCAAUAUCGUGAGCCCAUAUGCUUUGAAAAUGGCAAAGUUACACCCGAUAUAGAGCUGUGUUGGGCUUUUGCCAAAAAUGCUCGUCCUUUGCGUUUAACCAAGAAAUGCAAUGAUACGCCUUGUCCUGCCCAUUGGCUUACAGGCCCCUGGCAAUUUUGCCCAGUAACCUGCAAAAAUACAGAUGCGCCUUUGCCAGUGCGAAGAAGAUCGGUCAUGUGUCUGGAUCAAAAUGAUAUUGUGGUGGAGGAUGACACCUGCAAUCCUUUUACAAGGCCCAGCGAUACAGAAUACUGUGAACAGAAUUUACCCGAUUGUAGUAUAAAAGAAAAAUUUAAAAAGUUUUUCAUUUAGGUUUAGCUACUUAUUAAUUAAGUAAUUUUAGAAAUUUGUCGUCAGUUAAGUUUUAGUUGGUAUAAAUAUUCCAUGAU